GAUGCUAUUUCGCAAUAGCUAUUGGUUGGAUGAUUGGAUCACUAGUGAUCCAACCUAACCUGAAAACUCUACCACAACACGGAUCGAUGUGUUAUUUCGAGUUACUCGAAUUCAGAAAAAAACAGGAUUUACUGAAGAAGAAGUAGAAGCACGAUUACGACGACAGGAUGUCCGGAUACACCGGCCAGGAUAACAAUUAUUGGGCGCCGCCACAGGGCCAGUUCAACUUUGACGCGUCCGGUUUUGGCCAACCUAACCAACAACUUGAAUUUCAAACAUACGAGCAGAUGCCCGGCGAUUAUUCGUAUGGGCAAAAGAGCUUUCUGGAUCCUACACAGAGUCCCUACGGCGGUGAUUUGUUCACACAGGACGAUUAUGCGAAAGGCACCACUGGUUUCGGAGACGAAGAAGAUGAGCCACCUCUGCUGGAAGAGCUCGGCAUCGAUCCCGAUCGGAUAAUACAAAAGACUUUGGCUGUGUUAAAUCCCUUUCAUAGGAAAGGACAGAUCGACGACGCAAGUUAUUUGCUGCAAGACUCAGACUUGGCAGGGCCUGUGGUGUUCUGCUUAGUCCUUGCAGCAUUUCUUCUGUUAGCUGGUUCAAAGGCACACUUUGGCUAUGUAUAUGGAUUAGCCAUGACCUCCUGCAUACUCAUGUACAUUCUACAAUCUCUAAUGAGUAACAGCAGUAACAUCACCAUGUCAUCCGUUGCGUCUGUACUAGGAUAUUGCUUAUUGCCGGUGGUCGUUUUGGCAGGCUUCGGUGUCUUCACUACAUUGCGAGGCCCGAUGGGUUUGAUUCUCGCAAUCCUGGCUGUUGCUUGGGCAUCACUCUCUGCUUCUAGACUUUUUUCCACUAUGUCGGGAGAGGAAGAUCAGAAACUACUUAUAGCUUAUCCAUGUUUGCUUCUUUAUGGCGUAUUUACGUUGAUAAUUAUAUUUUAAGAAAGGAAUCAAAUGUGUAUAUAACUUUUAUCCUUGAUCAAAUAAACUUGUCAGAUCUAAACAAGAAUUUUUUGUUUUCACACAGAUUGGUGCCAACAACUAUAUGUAUAUGA